AUGGAAAACAACUUGAUAGAUCUGAUAACAAGAUGCAUCUCCUCAGUUUUCUACUCAAUACUGCUCAAUGGUGAACCUCAACCCUUUUUCAAGCCUACCCGAGGUCUGAGGAAAGGGGAUCCCCUAUCCCCUUACCUUUUCAUCCUGUGUGCUGAAGCUCUAUCAUGGUCACUCCACAAGGCAAAGAAGAAAGUGGCUAUUUCUAGUGUUCCCAUGGGAAAAGGUCCUACCCAGAUCAGUCACCUUUUCUUUGCUGAUGACAGCUUAAUUUUCUGCAAGGCCAAUUCCCUUGAAUGGAGUAGGCUGAUGGAGAUCCUAAACCAAUACGAAUGUGCCUCUGGACAAGUGCUGAACAAGGAAAAGUCCUCUAUUUACUUCAGCAAGAAUACACCAGAUGAAAACAAGAGGACAAUACUAUAG